CAUCACACGUCCAGACUAAACGACGACCAAUUAUGGAUUGGACUGACUCGUCGGCAACAGGGAGCUAUCUAGCUUAGCUCCCUCUCACCCACCCCGCAACCGCGAGGCCGCGACCUCGUCGUCUUCCUCUCCUCUCUCUCCCGUCCGUCCAACUUGGUGGCCUGCCUGCUGCUCUGCUCUUCCGUCCGCGCGUGCUGGGAUCACCAUGGAGGUCUCCGGCCCCGUCGUCGCGCUCACGCCCGGUCAGGUGUCCUUUCUGCUUGGUCUUUUCCCGGUCCUCGUCGCAUGGAUCUACUCCGAGGUGCUGUACUACAAAAAGAAACCUUCGUCAACACACGGGCCCCAUAAUAGAUCUACCAAAGCCAAUUUAAUACGGUUUAUAACAAUGGAUGAGUCUUUUCUGCUUGAGAACCGUGAUGUGUUGAGAGCCAUGGCCGAAUGUGGCAUUAUGCUGGUUUAUUUUUACAUUUGUGACCGGACAGACAUAUUUCCACAGAGCAACAAGAACUACAGCCGCGACCUGUUUCUGUUUCUGUACAUUCUUCUCAUCAUAGCAUCGACACUUACUUCACUUAAGAAGCACCAGGAGGUAUCUUCAUUUACCGGAAAGUCCACGCUCUAUCUUAAUCGCCACCAAACUGAGGAAUGGAGAGGCUGGAUGCAGGUCUUAUUUCUGAUGUACCACUAUUUCGGUGCAUCGGAAAUAUACAAUGCAAUUCGUGUUUUCAUUGCUUGCUAUGUUUGGUUGACUGGGUUUGGGAAUUUCUCAUACUACUAUACCAAGAAAGAUUUUAGCAUUGCAAGAUUUGCUCAGAUGAUGUGGAGGCUAAAUUUCUUUGUUGCCUUAUGUUGCAUUGUCCUUGACAAUGAUUUUAUGUUGUAUUAUAUCUGCCCAAUGCACACCCUAUUUACACUCAUGGUGUAUGGGACACUUGGUCUGUUUAACAAGUAUAAUGAGAUACCAUCAGUUAUGGCUAUCAAAAUUGCUUGCUCCUUCUUGAGUGUCAUUUUGAUAUGGGAAGUUCCUGGGGUAUUCAAUGUUUUGUGGAGCCCCUUUACAUUUUUACUUGGCUAUAAAGACCCAAAUCCUUCCAAGUCACACUUACCAUUGUUGCACGAGUGGCAUUUUCGAUCUGGGCUUGAUCGAUACAUAUGGAUUAUUGGAAUGAUUUAUGCUUAUUUCCACCCUAAUGUGGAAAGAUGGAUGGAGAAGCUGGAAGAAUCUAAGACUAAGGUUGGGCUGUCGAUCAAGGGCACCAUUGUGACUAUUUCUAUCAUAGCGGGCUAUCUAUGGUAUGAAUAUAUCUAUAAGCUAGACAAAAUUACGUACAACAAGUACCAUCCCUACACGUCAUGGAUUCCUAUCACCGUGUAUAUUUGUCUGCGCAAUUGCACCCAACAGUUGAGGGGCGCCUCUCUAGCUCUUUUCACUUGGCUUGGCAAGGUCACGCUUGAGACUUACAUUUCUCAGUUCCACAUCUGGCUCAGGUCUAGUGUACCAAAUGGGCAGCCCAAAUGGCUUCUAUCUUUCAUACCGGAUUACCCAAUGCUUAACUUCAUGCUUACUACAACAAUCUAUAUUUUUCUAUCAUACCGAGUAUUUGAGCUGACAAAAGUACUGAAGGGAGCCUUUAUUCCCAAUAGAGACAACAAUCGCAUGUAUCAAAAUUUUAUUUUUGGGGUUGUCAUUUCUUUAUGUUUGUAUUGUUGCUCACAUAUUCUUCUGAAAAUUCCAGUUGUAUAGGUAAAGUUACAAAUCUGUUGUACAAUAGUUUUCAUAUAUGAGCUCCAUCCCUCCAUAUCUAAGCAUUUUUUUAA